UCGCAGAGUCUCGCGAGAGCGCGCGCUGCGCUGCGGUGCGGCAGGAGAGGUCGGCGGAGAAGGACGGAGCGGAGCCUCCUCGCUCCCGCCGCCGCCCGCCUCGCCCCGCCGCCCCGCGCCUCCCCCUUCGGCCGCGGGCAGGAGGAUGCCGCGCUCCGGGCCGCUCCCCGCCGCCCUCUCGCUGCUCUUGGUCACGGCCGCGCUCCUGCCGGGACCCGCCGCGGCGCAGAACGCUGGGUUUGUCAAGUCGCCCAUGUCAGAAACUAAGCUCACGGGGGACGCCUUUGAACUGUACUGUGAUGUGGUUGGGAACCCCACUCCAGAGAUCCAGUGGUGGUAUGCGGAAGUCAACCGGGCUGAGGCUUUCAAACAGCUGUGGGAUGGCGCGCGGAAGCGCCGUGUCACCAUUAACACUGCCUACGGGGCGAAUGGGGUGAGUGUGCUGAGAAUAACCCGCCUUACCUUGGAAGACUCUGGGACUUACGAGUGCAGGGCCAGCAACGAUCCCAGGAGGAAUGACUUGAGGCAAAAUCCCUCCAUAACGUGGAUUCGAGCCCAGGCUACUAUAAGCGUCCUUCAGAAGCCCAGGAUCAAUGCCAGCGAGGAUGUAGUCAUUCAGCGGUAUGAUUCGGCCGUCACAUUGCAGUGUAACCUCACCACAAGUCCCAGCCCCCUUUCUGCCAGCUACUGGGUGAAGAACGGAGAGGAGAUCCCUGGCACUAGGAAAUCUUCAAACACUACAGAAUACAAGAUUUUGAAGCCCAGAGCAGAAGAAUCAGGGGAAUACUUGUGCGUGUUUGUGUUUUCAAACUCUCCUGUAGCCAACGCCACUAUAGAAGUGAGAGCUAUUCCUGACAUCACUGGCCACAAGCGGAGUGAAAAUAAAAAUGAGGGGCAGGAGGCACUCAUGUACUGCAAGUCUGUGGGCUUCCCGCAUCCUGAGUGGGUGUGGCGCAAGAAGGUCAACGGAGUAUUUGAGGACAUCAACAACUCCUCCGGCAGAUUCUUUAUUUUAAAUAAAGACAACUACACCGAGCUCAGCAUCACAAACCUACAGAUAAAUGAGGAUCCUGGAGAGUACCAGUGCAAUGCAACCAACCAGGUCGGCUCUGUCUCAGUCACAACCAUCCUCCGUGUCCGCAGCCACCUGGCUCCCCUCUGGCCCUUUUUGGGGAUUUUGGCAGAAAUCGUUAUCCUCGUUGUCAUCAUAGUUAUUUAUGAGAAAAGGAAGCGGCCGGAUGAAGUCCCAGACGAUGAUGAACCAGCUGGGCCAAUGAAAACCAAUUCUACAAACAAUCACAAAGACAAAAACUUACGCCAGAGAAACACAAAUUAAAAAUGCUUAUCAUGGCUUAACCUAUAGAGAGAGAGACUGGGGUGUCCUGCAAUCAGUCUUCACAAGCUGGAAUGGUUCGACAGGUGGUGGAAUGCAGUUGAAAACAAAAACAAACCUUCAGUUUAUAAAUAUAUAUAUAUGAUUGCUUUUUAAGUGAUUUUUUUUUUUGUUAAAUCAUGUAAAUUCUCAAAUCCUUUUGCACUGAUGUGUUCAACAUAUUCUUGUACAUUCAAUUCAGGCAAACUUUUAUAAUUUUCUUUUUUUUUUUUUGUUUUGUUUAAAUGAUGAAAUGUUACAGCAUGGUGAUAUUCUAUGCAACUAGUUAUACUCUUUAGUUUGACACUGUAAUUUCUCAUGAUUUCAAGAUUGUAGAACUAGACCUAACAGGGUUCUCAUGAUGUGCGUAACUGUAGAUGCAUGAACUUGUGUUCUGUGUAUUUGUUGAAGUGCAAUGAUGUAUAAAAAGUGGAUUCACCUGUUUUUA